AUGACGGGUCUCAACCCGGACUCGGACGAAAUCCUCGAAAUUUAUUGCAUCAUCACCACCGGCAACUUGGAGAUCCUCGACGAUGAAGGCUUCCACGCCGUCGUCCACUGGCCCAAAGAUCGGCUGGACAAGAUGGAUGAAUGGUGCACCACCACCCAUGCCAAAUCCGGCCUCACCGCCGCCGUACUCGCCUCGACGACGACGCCGACCGAGGCGGCCGAGAACCUCCUUCGCUACAUCACCCGCUUCGUGCCCGAGCGGUGCAAGGCGCUGCUCGCCGGCAACAGCGUCCAUGCUGACCGGGCCUUCCUGCGGCGCGAGCCGUUCGACAAGGUCACGGAUCACCUGCACUAUCGCCUCCUCGACGUGACAUCCAUCAAGGAGGCCGCUCGGCGAUGGAGUCCCCGCGACGUUGUGAAGAAGGCUCCGUCCAAGAAGGGGCGCCAUGUGGCCAAGGACGAUAUUCUCGAAAGCAUCGCCGAGGCUCGGUACUACCGAGAGGUGAUUUUCAAGGCCGGUAGCGGCAAACCGUAA